AUGCCUCACCAAACUGUAACUGACAACAGGCUGCCGACCAAGCUGCUCGAGUCAUGGGACAUUACGUCGAUGUGGCUCAGCGAAAAUAGAGACGAUAUUCAGGAAUGGUGGGAGUUCUGUGGCCCACAACUCGCAACACUCGCACAUGAAGCCGGCUACAGCACCGUCACCCAGAUAGAAUUACUUCUCUUCAUUCGCUCUAUGAUUUUGCCGCAGAUAGGACGCUUUCCUCACGCUUCCCGCUCACCGGCUUCCGUGCAAAGCAGAAGCAUACUCACCUAUGACGCUCGCCGAUUGAGUACAGUUGGAAAUGGAACUGCUCUGCGAACGACCAUCCUGAGAUUCGUUUCUGCGUCGAGCCAGCGGGUCAUAGUCUAUCUGCCAAUGCUUGCAAAGCGUCGGACGGAUGUAGACCUUGAAUGGUACUAUCAUUUUCGCGACCGAUUACACAUUACUGAUUGGAUGGAUGGUCCUACUCAUGAGAGUGAACGGCCGUGGCAGGGCAGAACGCCACGAAUGCCCGUUGCGUUCGAAUUUACGCCGAAAGGGAUCAUCGCUAAAGUCUACUUUACACCACCAGCAACCCCCAACAACACUUCCUCUUUCAACACGUUUGCGGAUGUCGUGCGUCCAAUCUGUGGCAACGAUACUGUCGCCCUGGCUGAAUGUCUGACAUUCCUUUCCAGUGACCCGGUUGGGGCUACUUUGCGACCAGAUGUCUUGGCCAUUGACUGCGUGUCGCCCCUGAAAUCACGUAUAAAACUGUACGCAGGGACACCCAUAACCACAUUCACGAGUGCCAUAUCCGUGAUGACGCUGGGUGGACGGAUCCCAGUCCCUCGAUCUUCCAUCGAUGACCUCUGGGCCUUGUUCCGCGUAGUGCUAGGGCUGGACGACAAAUUCUGUCAGGACGAGGAACUACCCGUCCAGAAUCCAUUCCAACCCAGUCGGGCACAUCCUGAAGACUACUACAGCGGCCUACUCUAUUAUUUCAAUCUCGCACCUGGCUCACAGUUACCUGACGUGAAACUGUACUUACCCGUGAUCCGGUACGGGCGUUCAGACGCAGAUAACGCACUCGGACUGCAGCAGUUUAUGAUAUCGAGGCAGAGGGGACAAUACGUAGAUGGAUUCCAACGCGCUAUGGAGGCAAUUGCUCAAAGGCACAAUAUUGGAAAUGGCUAUCGCAUCCAAACCCACAUAACCAUCACGAUGGAAGUCUGGACCGAGGAAAAGGAGCAGAGCGUCGUACGCAACACCCUCACGGGCAAGCUCUACUUCGAGAGCCAGGUGAUCUGGGGCCCCCACGGCUGCCAUGACAGCGCAGAGCGUCUAGCAAACGCCCUGCGAGCGGUCGACUCGCGUUUUGCCCUGAUCCUCGAGAAGGGCAAUGACCAUGGAUACGCAGGACAAGUGCGAUCGAUCAGCGUCAAGGACCAAGACGGCAAUGUCAUUCUGGACAAACUCAGUACCGACGGCAACAUGGAUUCGCUGGCUGAAGUUGUCAUGGAGACCAUUAGACAGCAUGGGGCUCCUUGA